AUGGACACUCAAAGAGAGCGUCAUAUUUUAUUGUUUUACUUCCGAAAGGGCAAAAAUGAGGUGCAAGCUCGGAAGAAAUUGUGGGAAGUUUAUGGUGAGGACUGCCUUACUGAACGCCAGUGUCAGCGUUGGUUUGCUCGCUUUCGUGCUGGAAAUUUUAAUUUGCAAGAUGCACCACAUACUGGACGUCCAACCACUACUGAUGACGACAAAAUAAAGGAGUUAAUCGAAGCUAACCGGUGUAUGACAACUCGAGAGAUAGCAGAGAAGCUCGACAUAUCGAAUUCAACCGUUUACUUGCAUUUACAACAGCUUGGUUACUUAAACAAACUGGAUGUUUGGGUUCCUCACGAAUUAAA